GCGGGAACUUCCUCCAUUAGGGCCACGAGCGGGGCACAGACGGGCCUGUAGAGGUACCGAGCCAAGGCUUCAUUCGUACUCUCACCGUCUUCGUCACCGCUCGGCUAAAAGUUCUCCGCGGAAUUGAGAAAAGUUUGAGAUCUCUGUGGUGUGUCUGGGAGUAACGGGAACGUCCUCAGCGACCAAGACAACCUUUAGCACUUAGACAGUCGCGCGUGGAGGGCUCUAGCCGGCCCCUUCAGCACUCAGCACCCCUGUCAGCACCUGCAACACCCUCAGCAGGCUCAUCACUCCUCGAUCGUUCUUCACUUCGCCCUCGAGCACAGCAGGAGCGGUGUGAUGGUGAGGGCGGUGGUACUGUUGGUGGCUUGUCUGCUCGCCUUCUCCUCAGGCUACAAGCAUACGUGGCAGACACCUGGCUGCCACAAAGUCGGUCACACGCGGCGCAUCAGCAUCCCAGAGUGCGUGGAGUUCGACAUCACGACCAACGCGUGCCGGGGCUACUGCGAGUCUUGGUCGGUGCCGUCAGCCUGGCAAACCCUAGUGUAUAACCCUCACCAAGUGGUCACCUCCAUCGGCCAGUGUUGCAACAUCAUGGAGACUGAGGACGUAAAAGUGAAGGUGAUGUGCGUGGAGGGACCAAGAGAGCUGAUCUUUAAGUCCGCCAGCACCUGUGACUGUUUCCACUGCAAGAAGUAUUACAGAGCAAAGGGAGACGAGGAAAAGAGGGAGAUGGAAGGAAUAAACAGCAACGAAUGACAAUAAGGCAAAGAAGAGGAGGUGAUAAAGGUGAAAAGAAAGGAAGAUGAAGAAAAAUAAAUCUAUAAUAAGGGUGAUAAUGAUAAUGGAAAAUAACGGAAAGGAGGAGGAAGAGGAAGAAGAUGAUGAUGAUGAUGAAGAAAAGGAUAAGGAGAAGAAGAAUGACAAAUUGCAGUGAGGAAGAAAAGCAUGAAAAUUCGUGAAGAAAUAUGUUUAAUGGAAAAUUAUUACAGAAAAAAAAAUGAUAUAGAAAAUAAUAGAAAAUUGAGAACGUUAAUAAAAAAUAAUGAAAAAUAAAUGAUCAGAAAAAAAAAAUAAAAGUUUAAAGAGCACAAAAGUCAACGAAAAUCACAAAAAGAAACAGAGAAGAAGGAAGAGAAUGAGGAGGAAAUAAAGAAAAAAAAUAUCAAGGAGGAGGAAGAGGAGUAAAAAAGAUGAUGGGAGGCUGGAAAAAAAAAUGUUACAUCAUCUUCGAGUUAGACAAAAAUAUUUAUGGUAACUUUUCCUUCCUUUCUCCUCCCCUUUUCCUCAUCAUCACUUGCUUUCUCCUCAUUCAUCCACAGUGGCUGGAUCCUCCCAUUCUCUCUCUCACUCUGUCUUUCUCUCUCUUUAUCUGUAUAUCUAUCUAUAUAUCUAUAUAUCUAUCCAUCAAUAUGGAGUCUGUGCUCAUUACGAUAUAAUCAAGAAAACUGCAAAUAACAUGAAUAAUUUACUGGAAAAUAAAUAAGGAAUCCUA